UGUAAAACAUAACUGUCAUUCUGUAGUGAAUUAUAUAUAAGCAAUUAUAAUUUGGUAUGAUUCGUCCUCACAGAAGUUCAACCUUGGAGUUAUUAAUGUGUACUAAUUUUUGACCUCGCCCCAUUAGAUGAAUUAAAACAAACAACAGAAUUGCAAAUUGAUAUUUUCUUGUCCAGUCGUAAUCACUUUAGAUCAAAAAGGUUAGGUUAACUUAUGAUAAAGAAAUGGACAUUUUGGAUAAGUUCUGUUGUUAAAAGUAGAAUUGUCAAACCAACAAAAAUGAAGAAGGCCAACAAUCUGUCAGUUAAUGGGUUUACAGCUCCUGGAUUUGAAAAAGUUGCAGACACUUUCAGGGCAAAUCUAAAGUCUGGUCUGGAUAAAGGGUCAAGUUUUGCCAUAUACUAUCAAGGUCGACCGGUAGUGAAUCUAUGGGGAGGUUACUCUGAUAUGGACUGUCGGAGAGUCUGGAAGGAAGACACAUUAUCAACGUUCUUCUCUUCAACAAAAGCUGUGGCUGCCAUUGUUAUCGCUCAUUUGGUAGAUAGAGGGCUGUUAGAUUACAAGAGACCAGUUAGCAAGUACUGGCCAGAUUUUGCACAGAACGGCAAAGAGGCAGUCACCUUGGAGCAGCUUAUAUCAAAUCAGGCAGGUUUGAUAACAUUAGAAGAACCAUACUGGCUAGCUGAACUUAAACAUGAUCCAAUCAAGCUUGGUAAAAAACUGGCUGCACAAAAGCCAUUCUGGACACCAGGUGAGAAGCACGGGUACCAUCCUCUGACCUUUGGCCUUUACCUGGACCAGAUUGUACGUCAUGCAGAUCCAAAGCAGCGAAGUCUGUCAGACUACUUCAAGGAGGAGAUUGCUCAGCCAUUUGAUAUUGAGAUUUAUAUUGGUCUCCCCAAAUCUCUGAACCACAGAGCAACAAGAGUGAUGUUGAACCAGAAAUAUGACAAAGCUCAGUAUAUCAUGGAACAAAAGAAGUAUUUCAAAGGAGAUCCUGAACUACAAAAAAUAACAAAUGACCAUUCAGCUCUUGACUUUAAAACUACGUUGAAAGUAAAUGACCCUGAUAACAGAGAAUUACCAAUUCCAUCAACACAUGGGCAUGCAACUGCUAUCAGUAUGGCAAAAUUGUUUGGAAUUGUGGGUAAUGGAGGCGUGCACAAUGGGAAAAGGUUACUGUCACAGGAAGCUAUAAAUAGAUUUACCCAACCUCUUGUAGCUGGGAUAGAUGCCAGUUUUGGAAUAGAUGCUGCAUGGAGUGUUGGUACCCAUCUUAUCACCAUGGUUACUGGGGACCAGCGUCCAAACCACAUAUUUGGACAUGGUGGCUACGGCGGACAGUAUGCUGCAGCAGAUAUAAAACACAAGAUUGGAUUUGCUUACACAACUCCGUUUCUGGACCCGUUUUCCUCCUAUAGUGACAAUGGUGAUGAAAGAAUGUAUUCUCUAGUCCAUGCUAUGUAUGACUGUAUAUUUCAAAUAGAAAAUAUCAAAGAAGAAAGAAUUUUAUUCCAACAUCAUUCUCAGUAUGAGAAAUAUUUGCAACAAAACCAGACAGCCAGUAAAUUGUGAUAAUGAUUACAUCAUAGAUUUUAGAUACUGCUUUUAAAAUGUAUAUUAAUGUAUAAAUGAUCCUGUAAAAAGGACCACCUAGUUUAUUAUAUUGAAUUAAGAUUUUUUAGGUUUCCGUUUUAUCAUUUUAAUGGAGAAAAAAGAGGGAGUUUGUUUGAUUGUUUUUAAAUAGAAACAAAAAAUUACAACAAAAGUGUCAAAAUAAUAAUGGGCUUGAAUGUCAUUUCCAAGAGGCAUUGUUAGAGAGAAAAAUUGGAACUUUUAAAGGUUAUGUGUCUUUGAUUUACUUCUUUUUGAAGAACAUCACUCUUUCACUUAGUAAUACAUGUACUUUUCAUGGAAGAAAAAGAAUUGAAAGAAAACAAGAUGUUAUGACUCAAGGGCUCUUUAGAAUUAGCGAUAUCUUCUUAAUUUUAUAUCAGUUGCAACCAGAAAUUCUAGUAAAUAGUAGUCUGUUCCUUAAAAAAGAAGCAUACUGGCUUUUAUCUACACAUUAAACCACUACAGUUUAUAAUACAUGUACUUUUCAUGGAAGAAAAAGAAUUGAAAGAAAACAAGAUGUUAUGACUCAAGGGCUCUUUAGAAUUAGCGAUAUCUUCUUAAUUUUAUAUCAGUUGCAACCAGAAAUUCUAGUAAAUAGUAGUCUGUUCCUUAAAAAAGAAGCAUACUGGCUUUUAUCUACACAUUAAACCACUACAGUUUAAAUUUACAAAACUUCUCAUUGGAAUAUAAAAACAAUCACAUUAAUGCAGAAUGCAUUCUAGCAGUGAAAAGUUGUGAUUUUAGCUUGCGUUUUACAGGAAAAUGUGCCAAAAUAGAAAAUUUCAGAUCUGUUUACUUUACAGAUUACAGAAGUAUUUUUCCAACAAAAUUAGUGACCAUAUGCCAAUAUAAAGCAUGUAGAAAGGUGUAAUCCAGACUGUGAUGAUUAUCAUGAUUUUGUUACAUUUUAUUGUUAAUGUUUUUAAUUAAUACCAAAAUUAAAAUUUAUAUAAAUUGA